GUCAUACUCCGCCUGGCUCUCCGAUAAUGAGUCGGUUUGUAAACAGAUAGGCGCCCAGUGCAAAACCGGCUCGAUUUCACGUUUUAUCUCCGGUUGAAAUUCCGAGGGGCAGCAGGAAGGUUGGUUUCCUGAUGAGUAAGGUGCAUCUGGCGAUUCUAGAAAGGUCGCGUGCGCUACGGUUUUGAGGAUUGGAAUUACACUCUGUUGAGUGAUUUAAUUGAAUUUCUAGUGUUAAAAUUCUUAAAAUUCAACGAGUUUUAUCCGUGGUUAGUAGGUGACGGACUAGUUCGGAUGGUCUAAAGCUUUCUCACUCAACUGGCCGAGAAGGUAACAGUUCUAAAAAUGCAUAUUCUGAGGGCUCUUUUUUUGGUAAUGGUUACGGUAAGCCUUCGUGAUCAAUAUGUCUCUGCAUCUGCCUACAAUGAGUCUGCGAUUUGGAAUACAUUCCUGCAGUAUGCAUCAGUUGUCAAGGAGCUACCAUCAACAGUACAAACAUGGAAAUUACCGCAAGAAUCAAAUUGGUCUCACUCAUCUGCUAGAUUAUCAAGAACAUCAACGGUACGAAAUGACAACCUUGAAAUGAAACAGACAGCAACGAGCCAGCAACAGCCCUACGAUCCUGACACCCAUACAAAAGGAACACCAUCUACCUACCAUCCUUACAUUACGAUAACAAUACCACAGAUAACUACAUCGACAUCGAAACCAACAACAGCUCUGACAACGACAUCGAAACCAACAACAACUCCGACAAUGACAACGGAACCAGAAACUCCUACACCACCAUCAACACCACCGACAAGAACAACAGCACCAUGGACAACAACAUCAUGGACAACACCACGGACAACAACACGGACAACAAUACCACCAUCACCACCAACAACCCCAACAACAUCGCCACCAACAACCCCAACAACAUCGCCACCAACAACCCCAACCCCAACUCCUUUCACAACACCAGCUCCACAACCUUUUACUUUGCCACCUUAUCAAAACACAGCAAAAAUGGCCCGUUUUGUAGUUCAUUUCUCAAAUUGGGGAUCUUUGUCCUAUCAAGCUGAGCAAACCGAGAUUUCCGGCUACCCAUCUGUGCGAGUUUACUCCAUUAGUGAUGGAUACGUCUAUGAAGGUACCGGAGUGCCUUAUUUUAUGGUCUCGCCGCUUGAUCUGACCAUCCAGGCUCUGGACACAGACGAGCGUUGUUCGCUGAUUGUCUCUUUAUCUCAGACCUCUUAUUGCGACUCUCAGCAGUGGGAUCCUGAAGAUCCUCGCUGUGUCCAAGUUAUUCUGACAGGACGCUUCGUCAAGCUUCCAAAGAAUAGUGAUGAAAUGAUGUUUGCCAGACGUGUACUUUGGGACAGACAUCCGCAAAUGAUAAGCUGGUUUGUUAAUAAGACUGAUCACAACUGGCAAUUUGCAAAACUGAACAUAGAAUUCAUAACAGUGAUCGACUACUUUGGUGGGCGCAAGUAUCCAGGGUUGUCAGAAUACUUUUCAGCGGAAGCUCCUAAACCAUAUGGCGUAGAAAUGAUCUAAUAAUGUUUGCAAAAGAGAGGAGAAAAAAGAGGCACUGAUACAACACUCUAUGAUUGUUGCUCCUGUGAAGACGAAUGAUUACUGCUCAUGACACUUUUCUCAUUCUUGUACUACCGAGCACGAUAGGAAAUAAAAUUUGCAAAGGCAAAGUUAUCUCUAAACUGCGAUUACUUGGAAAUGCAAAAUGUGUAAAGGGGUUGAAUUUUUUUUCAAGUUUGAUUGUGUUCCAAUGAUUAGAUUUUCAGAGGGGGGAUGUUAACUGGAAUAAAAGUAUAAUGUCAAAACAGUACUUUAAGAAGUUUUAAUAACUUCAAGCUUUAUCCUUUCUUAUUACUUGGACAAGUUUGUGCUUUAAUUGGUUGCAAAUGUACACUGCUGUCCGAAAUAAGAAUGCUGCAACUUCA